AAUUUCAGCAUUCAAAGCAUGUAUUCAGCUGUUAAGCUGUAACCUUUCAUCCAUAAUGUAUUCAUAAUUAGAUAUUAAUUCUUAAUAUGUUAAGCCAGGUUGUUUUUUCUUUUAAAGGUGGCAUUUUCUGACAGAAUCUCUGCUUCCAAACUGAUAUAAGCCAUAUAGUUUUCAUUAUGGAGAACUUUAUUUUAUAUGAAGAGAUUGGAAGAGGGAACAAGACGAUUGUUUAUAAAGGAAGAAAAGGAACUAUUAAUUUUGUGGCCAUAUUGUGUACUGAUAAAUGUAAAAGAGCUGAAAUCACAAACUGGGUACGUCUAACUCAUGAAAUAAGACAUAAGAACAUAGUAACAUUUUAUGAAUGGUAUGAAACAAGCAACCAUCUCUGGUUUGUGGUGGAAUUAUGCACAGGUGGGUCAUUAGAAAUUUUAAUUGCUCAAGAUGAAUAUCUACCUGAGAAUGUCAUCAGAGAAUUUGGUAUUGAUUUGGUUACUGGACUGCAUCAUAUACAUGAGCUUGGAAUUAUUUUCUGUGAUCUCACACCUAGGAAGAUUCUCUUGGAUGGAGCAGGCACUUUAAAAUACAGUAAUUUUUGCUUGGCUAGAGCAGAAGGUGAAAAUCUAGAAGAUUUUUUUGCUUUGAUUGGCACAGAAGAGCCAGGAGAUAAUACUUCUGAAAGCACAAAAGACAAUUUAAAAAGCAAAAUUAGAGGUUCAUUGGUAUACACUGCACCAGAAGUGAUUAAAGGAGCUGAUUUUUCUGUAGCCAGUUUGGGCUGCCUAUUAUAUGAAAUGUUUUCAGGAAGACCUCCUUUCAAUUCAAAAAAUAUUGUUGAAUUAACAGAAUACAUUUUACAUGAAGAUCCUGCCCCACCUAAACAGAAAGAAUCAGCACUUCUAAAACCCUCUUCUGACUUCCUUAACCUGCUUGACUCUUUAUUUCAAAAGGAUCCUCAGAAAAGGUAACUUCAAAUGAGAAACACUGUGAAAGCCUGAGGAAUGAUGGGGGAGUUCUUGUUCAAAUGCUAGAGAAGUUGGUCCAGGCAGCCAGAGCAGAUUUCUCAACCCUGGGGAGCUGUUCGAGGUCCUGAGCUCCACGCACCAACCCAACCCAGGGUGACGCGAAGAUUCAGGGAAGAUGGAGGAGGAAAAGAAGCCUAUGGAGGGAGCAGCAGGCAUGGGCUCAGCAACAGUUCCUGAGACUCUCUAUUCUCCUUCCCCUGGGAUGGUGGAAGCGAUAAAGGCUGCGGAGGCUGCCCACCAACUGGGUGUCCGGCCUAAGGAGUAACUGCCGAAGUGAAGCUUGCAGCAGGACCUGGCAGUGCAAGGCGAAGCCAGCGGAGCCACCCUGCUUCAAGGAGCAAUGUGGGAACCACGAUGAGAGUUAUCGCAGCCGCCGCACCACAGGCACUCUGAAGAAUGGGGACUCCCGCCGCCGUCAUGCAGCCAAUCCCUAGCUGGUUUACCGGAGUAGUUAAGCCGACUCAGAGUAAAUGGGAUGCCCAGCAUGCCAGCACAGGGCUGCCAGAGUGGACCUUGGCACAACCAAUGUUCACCUUCCUUAGCCAGGGACCAGUAGCACAAAGGGCUGAAGCGGCAACAACUUUUCAUUCAGCCUGAAGCUGCUCAGCCCCCGGCCUGUCGCUUCGGGUAAGCCCAGCUGUGGAUUCCCGCCGCUCAGGACUGCACCCCCUGCCAGCCAGCCAGGCUGGCCAUGGAGUUCCCGUCCAGCCGCAAGGGGCUUGGAGCUUGCCAGCCCCGCAACUGCCACCCGGGAUGGGGUUCCCACCUGCAAGCCAAAUCCCUUCCAGAUGGGCUUACUACCCAGGCCAGGGGUCGGUACAGUGUCAAUGGACGCCUGCCUGGAUGCCGCUGCAUAUGCAGUUUCCUCAGCAAGUGGUCCAGCCGCAACCCCAAGCCACGAUCCCACAGCAGUUGCCAGUGAACCCGCAGCAAGUCCUGGCCCAGCAGCCUGUGCCUGCUGCGGCGCUCCCUCCCCUUGCGUUGACCUUCAAUGGGACCCCAGGGAAGCUGGCAUACUUCCUGAACCGAGUCUGGGCCUACAUCGAUCAGUAUGGGAACCAAUACCCCUCUGAUUGUGAAUUGAUCUCUGCCAUCGCCGAAGGCAUGAACGAGGGAGAAGCAUUGGAAUGAGGGCUGAGCUUCAUGAUGAG